AUGCGCUUCAAUGAAAUUCGAUGGAUUGUGCUUAUGUCUGCACUAAAUCAUGUCGCAUAUGCUGAAAGAAUUCUAGCGAUUUUUGGCUUUGAAAACCCCACACAGUAUUCGUUUGUUGAAUCUUUACUCAAAAGAUUGGUACAACGUGGUCAUUAUGUUACAACGAUAACUUAUUUUUCUCCAGAGCAAUCGAUACCAAAUUUACGCAAUAUCGUCAUAACAGAGAAUGAAAUUUUGUACAAUGAGCUUCUAAACACCAUAAUCGAUCCCCUUGACAUAGACCAUUUCAAUGUGCGUGGAAAACUUUACAGCAUUGGAUUUAAAAUAUGUGAAAAUAUUCUCGGACAUGAGUCAGUACAAAAUUUAAUGCGCAACGAAGCUUUUGAUCUCAUAUUUAUUGAUGUGAUCUUUUCGGAGUCAUUGUUUGGCUUCGCUCAACAUUUUAAAGCACCCAUAGUUGGUCUCUCCACCAUAGGCACAACAAGUCGAACCGAUGAAUUGGUGGGUAAUAUUACGCCUCAAUCGUAUGCCUCCAUUAACCGAUGGUAUUCACAAAAUAUCAAUCUCUGGAUGAGAUGUUUAAAUGUGGCCCUGUAUGCCUUGGAACGACUGCAUUACUAUUAUGAAUAUAUAGCAAUGAUAUAA